CAACGACUAAAUUUUCAAUGACGCCAGUCGUUUGAAUAAAAGGAGCGUUAGUCUGCCUCACAUUUUAGUCUGUUCUGACUUAAGCUCAAGAUCAACAAAACGGCCGAAUAUUCACCCAGAACGGAAAUGACGAUUUUUAGAACCUUGACCACGUGGUGGUCGCUGACAAUUUUAUGCCUGCUGAUUUUACCUGCUCCGGGUACAGCUCAAAUUGAUCUAUCGUUAUGCGUCGACCAGGAGGAAUUGUGCACACGUGACGAAAAUUGCAUUAUUUCCGGAUUGCUUGGUUGCACGAGUAGUGAACUAUCAAUUUGCGAGUACGAAGGUAUUGGCAGCAGUUGCUGCAGAUGUUUUGAGGGUCAAUGCUUUAGCAACAAUGAGUGUAUGGACAAAAUAACGUGCCCCGCUGGACAGCAACCGUACUGUGUCAUGUUUCAGAGGAAUUCGACAAAUAGGUGUAUCUGUGUUGAAACGGCCCCUCUGGCAACCAUCGAAACCACAACUAUGCCUUGUCUCAUCGACAUUGACAACGCCGAAACGGCGGAAAGCAAAUGGGUACAAAACUGUGCCGACUCUGGAGCUUGGCUGUUGAAUAUGAACAUUGAUAGCAAGAGAAGCUGCAUUUGCGAUAAGGGGUGUAGCACAGCUUUAGAUUGCCCAAACGAAUGUGGUGCUGACCACAGGGCGGCCUGCCUUCGGGCUUAUACCUCGUUAGGAUCACUUCUACCACGCCAAUAUUGCGGCUGUGAAAACUAUUGCGACUCAGACUCUGAAUGUGGCUAUCUUAACUGUAAAUCGUAUGAAGUACAGCGCUGUAGCAACGGCCACUCCUGUUAUUGCAGUCCAGAGUGUACUUCAACUUCUGCAUGUCCCGAAUGCUCUACUCCUCCAAAAGAAAUAUGUUUCAAAACAAGCAACCGAAACCAAUUGGGAGAAUGCGGCUGUAUUUCGACAAAUGUGUGAGAGGAACUCGGAUUGCUCAGGAAUCGGAAACUGUUGUGUUUUGGACUGCUAUGGAGCCUGGCGCUGCCGACAGACGUCACAAAUCUUUGGAUGUCCUGGUGAAUCGAACGGAUUUGUUAACAUGAGUCUUUACCCAGUUUCCUGGUGUAAUGAUGGUUCGCGUCCAUCACAUUAAUGCAGGAUUAUCGGCUCAGAAUUUUGCGUUUAAAAUUAUCUCUUUACAUAUAUACAUUUAAAACAAAUAUUGUCUAUUGCAUUUUCAUUUUUAUAAGUUAAUAAACCU